UCCACCAAAACGUCACGUGCGUAGAGACACAAACGCAGGAACUAAUUACAAUGUAUUUACGGGAGCAGCGCAGCAAGAGACCAAGAUGGAACCCAGCUCGUGCCAAACCCAGAUCCCCAUCGUCAUCUUCCGUUGCGCCAUGUUUUUCAAGCGCCUGUUGUAUUGUAGCACUGUAAUGGUAGCAAUGGCCAUCAUGCAGUGCUAUUGGCACUUCUUCGGCCGUGUCCGAAUCUCUUGCGAGUAGCCUGUCAGCGGCCUUUUCUUCGCCUCGGGCAUUAAUCGUGGUUACUGCAAGAUUGCGAAAGCAGGUAUCCUUAGAUAUUUUGCCACAUCCGUGUAUCUUCUGUUGGAGUCUGCAGAGAAUUUCCUGUACUUAGUGAUUUUUUUUUUGUAGUAGAUGCUGCCUUUUAACUUCUUGUGCAGGUAAUGUCCGCCUCUUCGAAUAACUGAGCGCAAAUCUAAUCAAGCGCAAGGACUACAAUUGUGCCAUUGACCGCAGGCGUUUUCGGAAAUUCGAUAGAGCCUAAAUAAAUUGAACGCUGGUUUCGCAGAUUUCCUCCCCACAAAUGCUUUCUCUCUCUGUUCCUCCUCACUGACUACUUCUGCAAACCAUUUAAUUUCACUUCUUUAUUUUCGCAACGUCCGACCAUACUGUUCACCUUGGAUUUAUUUCCAUCGUUGAUUGGUCGCUCCUUUCGUAUCUAUAUAUCUUUUUUUCUUCCAGGCUUUAGUUGAUUGCCUUUUAUUAUUCCUUUGCCGUCUCUAUCGGUUUCUUAUUACUUUUUACUUUCUUGCGAGUUAAUUACCUACCUCAACUCUUUCUUGUCACCAUGUUUCUUUCAUACUGGCUUUGCUUAGUAACAUCCUGAUUUCUUCAAUUAUAUUCCCAGUCUUCGUUCCUCUACUCGAUAAACGGGUGACCGAGCAUAGACUGAGGCAGAAAAUGCCUCGCUGGUUUUAUUUUUCUCACUUCAGCGGAAAUACGUAAAUGCUACCGGGCUGCACCUUUUACGUGCAGUUUAUUCAUUAACUGUGCCUUUGCCGUCAUCCUUUCGUCCCUCUGGCUGUGCAUAUAGUUUUCGCCUUCUCGUUUGUCACUGUAAGCUUUGUGCGUUCUUUUUCCUGUUCUUUUUUUUUCUUUUUAUGCGCCGCGUCAUUGCUAUCUGAUUAAUUCGUCCCUUCUUAAUGCCUUGAGGUCAUUCGUUGUCCACAAUCUUAUUUGGUUCAUUUUCAGUCUUAUCAAUGACAGGGUCUAUUAAUUUUCUUUCAUUUUUUUUCCGUGCGAUAAAGUAUGAGCUGAGUAGCAGCGUUGUCGAAGUAAGUGAAGAUUACUAGUUUUUAUGGUACCUUCGCACCCUAUUUCUUUACUGGCAGCACUUCCUUGAGUCCUUCAGUACAGUAUAUAAUGGCAAAAAACAAAACGAUGCCACACUUACGCACCUUUUAUUCACUGAAUGUUUCUUUCCUCCCAUGCUUUUAGUGGUCGAUCUGACCAUACAAAACAUUGACAUAAAUUAUCCUUGAGGUAAUUCAAUAAUUUUUUUUUUUAUUUUAGAACGCCGUCUAUACUGUGUAUUUAUUUUAGCCAUUACUUUAUUCAUAUGAACCUUUACCUUUUUUUAGUUCCGAUUUGCCUGUUUUUUUUUUUUUUUUUUUUUUACUGAUCUCAUUCGAUUCUGCAUUUUUCGUUCCAGCAGCCAGGAUAAAUUUGAGCUGGAGAGGCAGCACCUCGACGUGCGUGCAAUCCCACAAGCGGUAUCUUGCGGCGCCCUCGCAUCUAACUUGUGUGGCAACUAACAGAUGGCGGCACAUUCUGGAGAGCCCUCGCGGGACCCCUCGAACGCGAACGCUGCGGCAGCGCCUCUCCUCCACAGUCGAUGCGCAGUGCCGCCAGGGGCGCCCGCUUCGUCGUAUCAGCGAGAUUCUCUUCGUCUCUUUGCCAGUGCCAGUUCAGACGCCCGACCGCUAGCUCAUUUCGCGCGUACGGUCCCGCGUGGUGAUGCACCCUGAUGAACUCUGCGUCCUCUCUCUCACGCCUUGUGAACGCCUCUCAGCGUGAAUCUUUUCCUCUAUUCGAACACUGUGCCUGAAACUUGGUGUCUCAGGUUUAAGUAUCACCGUCCUGUCGGCCGGUCAGCAGGGCAGUGCGGAACCGUGGAGAUGUACUAGUUUGAGCGGAUAUAGCGCGCUAACGCGCGAUUCACCGAAGUGUCGCAGCACCUUGUCACCGGCCUAUACAAUGCGUAAACAACGAGAGGGACAAUGAUGGCGUUUCGAGAGAUGUGCGAGUCGUCUUAGGAUAAUUACACGUUGAUGUGCUUUUUUUUAUCCUCCUCAACCAUUAAACAGGCCGUAGUUUGAGUAGCUGGCGUCCAGAGCAUGCGGCCGGCGUUCGCACCCACAAACGGAGGCAGGUCAUUGUCGUCGCCUCGUACGUGUCGUCUGCUCCACAGUCGAAGCAUCGCGCCUUUAGGACUGAUUUACCGUGGAUUACGAUGCAAUUUCGUCGAGAGCGUCGAAGGAGACAGCGGUCGCGAGUGGACCUACACCCGGAUGCACUCCGGCGGCCGUGAGUAAGCCGUCCUACGCUGCACGUGCUUCGAAAGUGCCGGAAAGUCCAGAGUGUGUCCGAUUCCGCGGUGUUUGUGCAGUUCAUUGACUGCGGAGCGCUGCCGAGGAGUGCGUAUGGACCAAGACUGCGACAUCUGUGUAUGGGGGCGCUUUAACCAUUCCCAACUGUGUUUAUUGUGCGACACUUGACAAUAUGGCUGUAGGAGGCUGGCUGGCCGGAGGCGCCGAAUCCACCCUGCUCCAUGCAUACCUGGAACCUUCCGGAGAAGCGUCCACCACAACGGUGGGCGCAAAGGGAAGAUCAAGUCAGUCGAAUGGCGAGCGGAAAGGCUGUCAUCGAGAGGCUCCUUGCGAUAUUCCCAGAUGCAAAGCAGCGUGUGGUACGGGCAGAGUGCGUGGGUUGACCGACUCACUUAGUGCCAUGUGCGCGUCCGUAGCUGCGAGGACACGUUCUUUCUUCGAACGUCCUCCGAGCCUCGAAGCCAGUUCGAACGCAGUUCCAGUGGAGGAGCAGCGUCGGUCAUCCACCCACUGCCAUCGACGCCAACAUCCGCAGCAACACCAGCAAAAGCGGCGGGACGGCGUCGACUGUGCCGGCGCCAAAGUACCGACGUGCGUGGACGACGGUGUUGGACGGAAGCGGUGUUCGACCAGUGCCGCGUGGAUGUCCGCCAUUUGUGCCGGUGCUGUGGCUGUGCUGUGUUACAUGAACUCGCUGGAUGGAGAUUUCGUGCACGACGACAUGGUGGCGGUGGUCGGGAACCCCGACGUCACCGGUGAGAACAGACGACACGCGUUGUCGUCGUCGUCAUCGUCGUCGUCGCUUUGGACGAACGAUUUCUGGGGCCGACCGAUGGCCGACCCCCGCAGCCAUAAGUCGUACCGGCCGCUCACAGUGCUCAGUUUCAGGGCCAACUACUACGCCAAUGGGCGCCAGGUACGCGGUUACCACAUGGUCAACGUGGCUCUGCACUGCGCAUGCUCCGUUCUGGUGGCCAUCGUCGCACGCUGCGUGAUGCGGAUACCUGCCCUCCAUGCGUGCCUGGCAGCGACGCUGUUCGCUGCUCAUCCGGUUCACACUGAGGCCGUGUCCAGCAUAGUGGGCCGAGCCGAAGUGCUGUGCUGCCUCUUCUUUCUGCUCUCCUUACUCUGCUACCACUGCUGCCAAGUUUCCAGUAAUGGCAGAGGAGGUCACGGAAGGCCGAUGUGGCUCGCAGCAUGCGGUCUACUGUCCGUAUGUGCGCUGCUCUCCAAGGAGCAAGGCAUCACUGUGCUGCCGCUGUGCAUGGCCCUGAGGAUACGCACAUUAGUCGUUGAUUCUAGGAGUCCAGAAGAACAGAAGCAGUGCCAUAAGGCUCACCGACAACGGUGGGCAGUGUGCAGAAAGUGCAUACGAGACACUGUCUACCGAUGCUUUUUGGAUCGUGACCUUGCCGCUCUCGCGGCAUUGACGACAUUAUUACUGUGCUUCAGGCUAUGGAUUCUACAAGGAAGCUUCCCCGAAUUUUCCGAGAUGGACAACCCUGCUUCCUUCUCACCAAAGCGUGGAACGAGGCUGCUGACUUAUAGCUACCUGUGCGCCUUCAACGCCUGGCUCGCCUUGUGUCCACGUACCCUGUCUUACGAUUGGCAGAUGGGCAGCAUACCUCUCGUGACGUCACCAUUUGACUCCAGGAAUAUGGCAACACUGGUUAUAUUCGCUUCGCUAGCAGCCCUCACCUGGCGGGCCCUGAGCCCGUGGCAUCGAAAAGACAACUCUGCCGGUGAGCCGAGACAGCAGUGCUGCUACUACAGAACUCCCGAGCAACUGCGCGAUCCUCCUUCGGGACUACUGGUUGCACUGCUUCUUACUGUGCUGCCCUUCCUUCCGGCGUCCAACCUAUUUGUGAACGUCGGCUUCGUUGUCGCCGAGAGAGUUCUCUACAUUCCCAGCAUCGGCGUUACUCUACUCGUGGCCCAAGGAUUGCACCGCCUCCACACGCGGUGCGGUCGAGUGGUCAGGUGGUGCAGCUGGGCCUCCUGCUUCAUUCUAGUGCUGCUGUUUGCUGCGCGCACCUGGAGUAGAAACGGCGUGUGGGCCUCUAGAGAAACGUUGUUCGAAUCAGGCAUCAAGGACCUCCCAGGAAACGCAAAGAUGCACUACAACUACGCCAAUCUGCAGAAGGACAUCGGCAACUCUGACCUGGCCGUCAAGCACUAUAGACUGGCAAUCGAGUUAUGGCCCGAGCACGCCAGCGCGCACAAUAACUUGGGGACUGUGCUGACGUCGACAGAAGAGUCAGAACACCAUUUCCGGUACGCCUUGCGUGUCAACCCAAACCAUCCAGGGGCUCAUUUUAACCUCGCCAAUAUCUACAGCAAGCAAGGCCAAAAGGAGGUUGCCCGGACUCUGCUGGAGCGUGCGGUAGAGCUGGAGCCCGAUUUCUGCGAGGCCUACUCGUCCCUAGCAGCGCUCGCCGCCGAAAGGGGAGACCUGGCUGAAGCGGAGAGGCUGCACCAGAUGGCGCUAACGAGCGACGACCGAAAUGCUGACGCCCGGAACAACUACGGAACAUUCCUUCAGUCGCACGGGCGAGCGGAGGAGGCUAUGACACAAUACCAGCGAGCCCUGGAUCUCCAGCAAAAUCACACCGUGGCUCUCCUCAACGCUGCUAGAAGCCUCCGGAGCAUGAACCUCAACAUGCAGGCAGAGAGCCUAUACAAGAGGGCACUAGCAGUUGAGCCAGACCCGCAAGUGAUGGACAACCUGGCUGUGUUCUACGUCAAUGCUGGUCGCCUGGACGAAGCAAGGCAGCUAUUCGAAGAAAUUCAUCGGCUUUUCCCAGAGCAUCGCGACAGCAAGGUUCACCAUGCUCAGCUUCUCAUUAGGCUCCGAAGCUUCCGAGCGGCUGAAGACCUCCUUCUGGACGUCAUAGAGAACAACAGCACCGACAGAGGGGCCUUGCACACGGCUGCGCUUUUGUACAACCACAUCAACCGCACAGUCGAGGCCCUGGACUACAUACUGAAGGCUCUAAAGCUGUGCGGUGUCGAUGAACCGCAUUGUGCAAGAAUACACAGCGAUCACGGCGACAUACUCAAGGACAUAGGCGACCUCAGCUCGUCCGCACAGAGUUACGAAGUCGCUAUUCAUCUCGAUCCAGACCUCGCUCAUGCUCAUUUGAACCUUGCCGUGAUAAGACACCUAGAGAGCGACUACGCAGGCGCAUUUCGGCACUACCAGGUGGCCCUGUCUCUCGAUCCAAAGAACAAGCUCAUCAUAGACAACAUGGCCAAGUUACGGCGGCGGAUCACUAGGCCACUGCCUUUUCACGACUGCGUUUAAAGCCGAUGCGUCGUCGAAAUGCAUUUAGCGUGCCGCUUUUUCUGCAUAGUGGCGUUCAUGUUUUGGCGGCACCUUUCCACUGAAUUUCCACUCUAUCGCUUUCGAUGUUUGCAACUUCGUCAUGGAAAAUGCAGGCGUCUGUUGAAGGCAGUUGAAUGGUAGUACAAUGACACCAGGGUUCGUUAACAACUGUUCUGGUGUUCUAACUUUAUUUUUGACAUAAAGUGGUGAUCUGGAACAUCCCGUCUCGUUCCAGAGCGCUGUUAUAGCCACCUCCAAAUCUGAUCUAGACUGCAAUUUCCCGUAUCUACUCCGAAAGAUGACAACUUUCCAAAAGUACUCUUGGAAGCCGGAUAAUUCUGUCGGCUGCAGAUAGCCGAAAACACCGAACAACCUACGUUAUAAACCCCUUCUGGUAAAUGGGUGGUCCGAUUAUUUAGGCCUUCGUACCAUAUUACUUUGUCAUUUCGGCAUUUAAACCAGUUUUAAUAUUUGUCUAAUGCAUGAUUGCCAAAAGUUUUCUUUGUAUUCGUACAUGUUCUUUUCUUUAUUUAGUCGGAAAAAUAUUACUCUUGAAAAAAUACGUCUUAUGAGUUUCACUUAUUACAUGACAAAACAAAAACCAUCACAAUCAGUUUUUGCUGAGUUUGUGCCCUGACAUAAGGUCAGCCUGGACGCGAACGCCAGUGGUGGCACAGAAACCGCCACGCUGCCUGUACGAAAUUUCGUAGGCAGACGUUGGCAGCUUCUAUAUGGAAUGUGAACGAAAGUGAAUGAAGACUCUGAUCCUCGGUCAUACAGGCCUGUCCUCGCGCCUUUCCCCGCAGAAAAAGAAAGUGGACAUGAGAAUGUUUCCUACGGAGUGCAAAACGUGAACAAGGUGAAUGCAGGAGCCAACGUUUCGACAAGUGGAGUGUGUCGUGUUUGUUGUCGUGCUCAUUUGCCCUUUCCUUGCCGCAAGCUCUGGAAUUCCUGUGAGCUACCACUUUUUUUUCGAGCGGUGGCAUAAGACUAUGCAACAACGUGCCUAGAUUUCCUACUCUCAUGUUAGUGUGUGCGACAUUGCAGCGUUACUCUCAAAGUGUGACAGAUUUGCUCAGAUGGGUUUCUGUGUGACUGGACGUGAUGGACCGUUUUUAUGGGCGCGUCCGGAUUAAGUGGAUGGAGGUGAAGGCCGAACUGACAACCGAGGCAUGCAACGCAAACGUUAUGAAAUAAAAUGUCUCAUUUCAUAUUCACAUGCCGUGCGCUUGAGUAUUGAUUGAAUUUGCAUAAGGUGGAAGUGUCUUCGAAGCUGGCGCAUUGUCUAGUAACGGGGCGUCUUGAAAAAAUGUCUCUAAGGAUGUUCGAUCAAAUCUAUACUGGUAUAAGGUAAAAAUUCUAGUUCCAGUGAAUUUUACACGUUCGGGAAAUUCUACGACACUGCGAAUUUGGUGUAUAUUAGCAAUUCUAGACAGAAAAUGAUUUCUUUGAGUAUCUGGAAUGUGUUUACGCCCGUUAAAUCUGUAUAGCGCUCUAGAAGCAGCCUGAUGCUUGCGUACGGCAAGGAAUUACGUGUUUAUGUUUGGCAGUUGAUUCAGUCGCUGCAGUUUACACCUAGCUCUGCUAAAGAAAUGGAGGCUAAAGAUUCCACAAGACAAUUAUAUACAAUCUGCGUUCCAGGCAUGGGCGAUUCAGGAGCUAAUUGUACGAUUUUCGUCAGCCGGCAUUUAAAACUGUAGAAUUAUAUGUUCAAGCACGCGUUUAUAGGACAGCUCCUCAUUGCAUAAUUAUGCCAGACUAGGGCAACGUCAGUACCUGUUCCGAAAUAAUGUCAGAUGAAGCUCCCCGACACACACGGUCUUGUUACAUGUUUUCAGGAGCACCACGGUAGAUUGCUACAGCUCUGGGUUCAGUCCUGUAUGUUAAGUGUACAUGCCUGAAAGUUCUUGUGGUUUUUUUUUUUUUCCACUUAGUGACUACAACCUGAAUAUUCAGUGACGUUGGAAGCUGACAACGUUGCGAUGUCACGCUGUGCGAAAAGAUGUACCCUGUGUGUGACAUGCCACGGAAUAUUACUCUCUCAAGGCCCUUUGGGUUAAUCUGCAGUGAUCAAAUGUGUGAGCGACAGGGAUUGGAUUAAAUCGGCACAGUUCGAGGCAACGUAAAAGAAUAUGACCACAAAGGGUCAUGAAAUAAUGUGCCGUUUUACGUGGCUGGUAGACGAAACGAAUGAUUGCUCAAGUUGGAUCUUGUGAUAUGACAGAGAAAAUAAAGCGCAAAUAAGCCAACCAAGGCUUUGCCAACACUUCUUUCGGAGUUUGCUAAAAAAGCAACGCCAUAUUACCUUUUUAUUUUGUGCAGCUAUUUCUUGCUAAUUGUAAUCGGUGUUGUCUCAUUGGCGUAACUUUGUGAGUGCGUGCCCUUUGUACAAAGCAAGCAGGCUGUCCAAGAUUGAAGGUCAGUUUUAACUGUUCUUCGCGGAUGACUUCAUAGCAAAAAACUUGACGGUGGUAACUUUGUGCCGUAGAUGUUUAUUGUACCUAAAGUACUUCGCGCAUUGAAUAUGUUGCCUUCCUUUCACUAUAGUUGCAAAGUGACAUCUUGAUUGCAAGAUGACCUCGCAAAAGCCGUUACUCACGUCGCCUUACUUCGUCAGAGCCUAGCAAGAGUAGCUCCUCCUUCAUGAAGAGUGUUUCACUGUGUGAAUAGUUUGUCAACUGUCGUGAAUGCUAGGUGUUCAUCAAUAUUGUUGCUUGCCGAUACGAAGUCAUUUCAACCCAAGAAGUUGUGUUUUUAUAGGCCACAAGCAAUGAUAUACAUCAUCGAGCCGUGCAUGGUUUUCGUGGUUUUGCAUCGACGAGAGUCACUAUUUUGUUACCAUCCAGUAACUGAAUCUUCAUUUGAUAGAGUUAUUUUUGUUUUUUUCCUAUAGCCCAAUGAACUGAAAUGGCCAGUGUCUGUGCCCCGCGCGUAUGCUUAUCUGUCGUCACGUAUAGGAGUGCCAUCGUUGGGAGUUAUCGUUUCACAUGUGUGUGGCUGAGUGUUGCUUGUGCGUAACAAGUUUGUAGAAAAAAUGUCAUGCUGUCAUGUUAUCCCACAUUUUGGAAGAAAAAAGCGAGGCCUUCAAAGAAA